AUGUUUACCAGAGUCCAGGUGUACCAGAGUCCUGGUGUACCAGAGUCCAGGUGUACCAGAGUCCAGGUGUACCAGGGUCCUCCUGUACCAGAGUCCAGGUGUACCAGAGUCCAGGUGUACCAGAGUCCAGGUGUACGAAGGUCCAGGUGUACCAGAGUCCAGGUGUACGAGAGUCCAGGUGUACCAGAGUCCAGGUGUACCAGAGUCCAGGUGUACCAGAGUCCAGGUGUACGAAGGUCCAGGUGUACCAGAGUCCAGGUGUACCAGAGUCCAGGUGUACGAAGGUCCAGGUGUACCAGAGUCCAGGUGUACGAGAGUCCAGGUGUACCAGAGUCCAGGUGUACGAGAGUCCAGGUGUACCAGAGUCCAGGUGUACCAGAGUCCAGGUAUACUAGAGUCCAGGUGUACCAGAGUCCAGGUGUACCAGAGUCCAGGUGUACCAGUGUCCAGGUGUACCAGAGUCCAGGUAUACCAGAGUCCAGGUGUACCAGAGUCCAGGUGUACCAGAGUCCAGGUGUACCAGAGUCCAGGUGUACCAGAGUCCUCCUGUACCAGAGUCCAGGUGUACCAGGGUCCAGGUGUACCAGAGUCCAGGUGUACCAGAGUCCAGGUAUACCAGAGUCCAGGUGUACGAGAGUCCAGGUGUACGAGAGUCCAGGUGUACGAGAGUCCAGGUGUAUGAGAGUCCAGGUGUACGAGAGUCCAGGUGUACCAGAGUCCAGGUGUACCAGAGUCCAGGUGUACGAGAGUCCAGGUGUACGAGAGUCCAGGUGUACCAGAGUCCAGGUGUACGAAGGUCCAGGUGUACCAGAGUCCAGGUGUACCAGAGUCCAGGUGUACGAAGGUCCAGGUGUACCAGAGUCCAGGUGUACCAGGGUCCAGGUGUACCAGGGUCCAGGUGUACCAGAGUCCAGGUGUACCAGAGUCCAGGUGUACCAGAGUCCAGGUGUACCAGAGUCCAGGUGUACCAGAGUCCUCCUGUACCAGAGUCCAGGUGUACCAGAGUCCAGGUGUACGAAGGUCCAGGUGUACCAGAGUCCAGGUGUACCAGAGUCCAGGUGUACGAAGGUCCAGGUGUACCAGAGUCCAGGUGUACCAGAGUCCAGGUGUACCAGAGUCCAGGUGUACCAGUGUCCAGGUGUACCAGAGUCCAGGUGUACCAGAGUCCAGGUGUACCAGAGUCCUCCUGUACCAGAGUCCAGGUGUACCAGAGUCCAGGUGUACCAGAGUCCAGGUGUACCAGAGUCCAGGUGUACCAGAGUCCAGGUGUACCAGAGUCUGGUACUCAUGGUGUACCUUAGAGGUUAG